AUGCACGAAUGUAAGGCGGAUUUGCUGGAUAUGUUGACCGUGUGUACAGCCUGCAAUCGUGCACUCAUCAGGGAACGUGAUAAGCAAUGCGUAACAAAAGCGAUUGUAUCAGAAUUGAUUCAAGCAAUAAAAUUCAAGUGUGAAAUGCACGAACAUAAUUAUAUGGCCAUUGUGGAGUUGGUACUGCAAGAUGCUGGCGAAACAGUUUCCAAAGAAAUCACCGAUGAUCAGGUUCAUCCUGACUAUUCGCUUCUUUUAAAUUUAAUUUCAAUUUGUUCGCAACAAUUGACUGUGUCUCUAAUCUUCACUCGCAAACGUGUGUUUUGCCAUAAAGCACUCAUCCGCUGA